AUGAGACCUAGUUCUCGAUAAAGACCUGGAUCUUUGACAACUCGAUAUCAAACUCCUCAAAGAACUCCAUAAAGAUUUAGUAAAGAGGUAUAUUUUUAGAGGAAGCUUAAACAUUUCACAUUUGAUCUGAGUUCCUCUAUGAUCAAUGAAUGUAUUCCUGCAAAAAAGUAGUUGAAACCCGCAAUUCACAUUUAGCAGCUGGGCAAUAGAAUUAAGAAAUUUGCAUAUUUGCCAUUGCAUUUAUUUGAAGAUAGUUCUUUUGACAGAUUUUCUAAUCAGGAUUUAUUUUUGAAAAUAUAAAGAUCUGGUCCAAUCACUGCAUUCGUUCUCAAUAAUCAGAAUGAAUUUGUGGAGGGGAAGAUCGUUGAUUACAAUCAUCAGACCUAAUUAUUCAAUUAUCAGAGUAACGAUUAAUUUGGAGAAAUUUCAAGACUUUAUUUUCUAUGUGAUUUUGAAAAUGUUAAACUGUAUGUACAGAAAUUCGAGAAGGCUUUGAAUGAUCGAGAGGCAAUGGAUAAUGUAUUGAGAUAUAAUUACUACAUUGAUAAUAUGCAGACUCAAGACAUUCCUGAAUUGUCAGUCGAUAAGAUUUAGAGGAUUCAAAAAUUGAUAGGGAAAGUUGAGUAAGGACAUGCAAUUUAAAUUAAUACCCAUUACAAGAGAGUACAAAAUGAGAUGCAAUUAAAUUCAUACUUAAAACACAAUAAAGAUGUCUUAAACUUCUAAUUGGCCAUCAAAGGGACUAAACCUGUUAUCCCUGAGUUCGGGAAGAUUUAAUUAAAAUUCAAAGAGAUGAUGAUUGUUCAUAGAGAUUUUGUAGACUAUCAACCAACUUCAUUCGAAAUGGUUAAGAAACAAUUUCAAGAGAUAUCCCUCUUUGUUUUACCUGAGCUGAUCAAAUCCUUCUUCUACAUAAACGAACUAAAUAAUUACAUAUGUUCCCUUGAAUUACUUUAUUGGGAUAAGAAACCUUACUCCAUCCUGCAAUUGAAAGAAAAGUAGGAUCAAUUAGUGAGUCGUUAGUUCAAGGUCAUCUCCAAAUGGAGUGAAAGAAUCAAAGGAAUAAUGAAGGAUGGUUUAUAAGAAUUGGAAUAGAAGGGAGUGAUUCUAUAGGAGCAUCGAUUAAAAAGGAUAAUUUCAGUUAUUAGGAUAAAACAAUUAGAGUCAUUGUCAAAGUUAAUUGUCGACAAUGUGACUAAUUUUAGAUUAAAUUUCCUUAAAAAGAAAUAGAGUGUGUUUUAAAUAUCAGUUGGGUAUUUUGGUGGUUUUUAAUAUUCCUUUGAUGUAUUAGAGAUUACUAACAUUUAUUGCAACAGUCUUGCCAAUUAGUUAUUGGAAUUGAGUAAGAUUAGAGAUCCUGAAUGCAUUAUGAAUAUAUCAGAUCUUAUGUAUUUAUAAUGCAUUUCAUAAAAAGAUUAAUUAAUUUAAGACUUUGUGGAAGAAUUAACAAUUGCAGUAUAAAGGAUUAAUAGUAAGUUAAUAGAUCACCUGAAAAAGUACAUGAAGUAUCAAUACAUAUUUGAAUGGAAAUUAGAGGAUUUUGUGAAAGAUUGCACAACUCCUGAGGAUGUUUUUGAUCUCUAAUUAUUUAAGCAACAGAUAUUGAAACUACAAUCCUUGCAGAUAUAAUUGACUAAGGAAAUAGCUCCGACUGAUUGGGUGUCUAUUUUCAUCAUUGACAAUACACAUCUAUUGUUUUAAAUCAACCAAUUAUUGGAGAAGAACAUCUUCUAAAUGAUGGAGUACAUUUCAGGUUUAGCCAAUAAUCAAAUAAAGGAGACUACUCUACAAUUUCAGAAGCUCAUGUUGAUGAUUAAGAAAUAGAACAAUGAUAUCAUUGGAUUGGAGAAUCACAGAAAUUUCUUGAAUCAUGGAGUUGCUGAGAACAUUCAUCAAUUAGAAAUAAAUAUUAAGGAAACUCUUAAGGUUUAUGAAAUAUUGGAUGAGUUGUCGUAUAUAAGUUCUUCUGAGUAGAUGAAAGAGAGAUGGAAUCUGUUAUCAUAUGUUAAUAUGUGUAAAUAAUAGAUAACUGAGAGUUUAGAGGAUUUGAUGGAGAAGAGAAUUCAAUAGAAGUACGAUUUCCAGUAAGAAUUAUUGCAUUUCAAGUACACAAUUGAUGAUUCAGAACGUAAAAUCAAUAAUUUUGUUAAAAAUUUCAGUGUGAACCAGACGAAUGACCAGACCUUUAUGAAGGAAUUAUUGGAUCUGAAACAAUAGGCAGUUUUAAUGAAUCAAUAUGAAACAGUGUUUAAUUUGUAAUAGAGUAAUUUUGGGAAAAUAGAUUUCAUUAUUCAACAACUUUAGCCUCUGGAGAAUUUGUAGAGGUUGAUGAAACAAUGGAAGAACAAUACUUGGAUGUAGAUGAAGAUAAGUGAGUUGAAUACUAAACAAAUUUAGGAGUUCACAGAGAAUAGUUUAAUUGAAUUAUAAGAAAUAUUGGUAUUUUCAAAUGAGAAGAGGAUGACAUCAAUUACACAAUUAUCAUAGAGUUUAUUAUUAGAAAUCAAGGAAUUCAGUCCACAUUUGCCAUUAAUAUUAGCAUUGACAGAACCAGGGAUGAGACAAAGACAUUGGGAUCAAUUAAAUAAAUUGAUUGCUCAAUAAGUGGAUUAUGCUAGCAAAUCUCUAUAAGAACUAUUAAACCUUUUUCAUUAGGAUAUUCGAAAAUAAGUCAUCGAAAUUAGUUUUAUCGCAAAAUAAGAAUUGAUUGUUGAGUAGACAUAUUUGCAAUUGUGUCAUGACUUUCACAAUUUGACUGCUUAGAUUAUUAAACCUAGGAUUUAGUUACAGAAUUUCUAAUUCAAUAAGUUGGUGAAUUUGGAUUAAUUAUUCUAAAAAUUGGAUGAUUCCUUAUGCUCUCUCAGUAUAAUAUUGCAAUCGAAGUAUCAUGAUCCUUGGAAACAAGAGUUGGCCUAAUUGGAAAGUCAAAUGAUAUACACUUAAACUAUAGUGUAAUAAUUUGAUUAGAUGCAAUAAUUGUUUUAAUACAUCCAUCCGGUGUUUUUGUAGAAUGAUUUAUAAAAAUAAUUGCCUAUUGAAGUUUCUAGAUUCAAGGGUGUGGAGAAGUUUUGGAAGAUGUCAACCAAUGAAUUCUCAGGAUAAUAGAUCCAUAAGUAUAAAUCUAAUUAAAUUGAAGAGUAAAUUCACAAAUUGUAGAUGAUUGAGAAAUCAUUAAGCAAUUAUAUCGAUAAGAAGAGAGAGAUAUUUCAGAGAUUUCACUUUCUAUCCAAUCAGCAAAUCUUGCUCAUACAAAGCAAAGCCACUAAACCCAAUGACUUCAUUGAUUAGAUAUUCCUAUUCAAUAAAGUAGAGAUGGAUGAAGAUGGAAUCACUCAAUUGCAAAUACAGGACAAACUUGGUAAAGUCACUGAAAGAUUGAACAUCGAGACUAUUAAGAUCUAUUCCAAGAAUGUGGAAGAUUGGCUACAUGACUUAAUUCUAGUGAUGAGAAAGACCUUGAAAAAUUAGAUAUUAAAAUCUUCCCAAAGCAAACAGAUUAAAAUUCUUAUGGACAAGAUAGAGUGGACACAACACUUGGAUGAUUAAUUUAAAAAUUACCAGGAUAAACCAAAUUACAAAUAUAAACAUUUGUCAUAGAUUUCCCCUGAUAGUUUUGAAUAUCAAAUUCAAUUGAAAUAUUAUUUAAAUGAAAACAAAGAGAUCAUUAUCCAAUUCCUCAAUUAUAACUUCUCUUAUGAUUACGAAUUCCUUUAGGAAAGCGAUUUGUUCAUUGAAACUCCUCAAACUGAUCGAUGCUUUGCCAAUUUGGCAUUUGCCAUAAGUUCUCAAUUUGGAUCGUUUCUGUAUGGUAACAGUGGUAAAAUAGAGACAAUUAAACAAUUUAGUAAUUGCUUAGGAAAGUACUUCAUUGUGAUGAAUGCAGAAAUAAGCAACUAUCAAAUUCUUACUCAUCUUUGUAAGGGAGUGAGUGCAACAGGGUCCUUCUUUGCUUUGACCAAAUGUUCUGAAAUGAGAUUAGAUCUAUUAUCCAUAUUUGUUCAGCUAGUCAAAGUAUUAUACUUUGCCAUUCGUAAUUCACUUCAUCAAAUUGAAUUGGAAGGUUCCACAAUUAAAGUUGAACCAACCUUCUCCUUCUUUUUGAUUGGUGGUACUAAAAAUACAAUCAACUCUGAAAUAAGAUAUUAUUUUCGACCCAUCUACUUCCAGAAAAUAGACCUAGCUAUCUUCAUAGACUUUAUAAGUUAAGAAUAUGAGUUGUAUGAUUCCAUAACACAGCUAAAAUAAUUCGUUUAUCUUUACCAAUCAAUAAAGAGGAGUGACAUUUCCAUGUUCAAAAUAAAGUAGAUUGUUCAAUAAGCCAUUACCCAUGGAAUGUACAAUGCCAUCUAGAUCAAUUUCCAAGAACCAGAGUUCUAAGAAAUCAUUCAUUCUAUUUGGCCAAAAAAAGAGGAAAUCAAACCCUAAUUGAAAGAUCUCCUACUAAAUAAUUGCUAUGUAUUGUUAUUUGGAGAAUCCUUAACAGGCAAGUCCUUAUAAAUCAGUCAAUUGUCCAAUUAUCAUAAGAUUUACUUGUCCUCUUAUCCGUUGAGUCAUUUCUUUGGAUCCUUUGAAUCUGAGGGUGUCAUUUCUUAGAUACUAAACAAGAUUGGAAAUAAUAUCCUUGUAAUCGAUUGUGAAUUAGAUGAUAAGUUAAUUGAAUUGUUCCUUCCAUUAAUUUUAUUCCAACAAAUCAGAUUCCCAAAUGGAAAAUCUCUGCAAUUAAACAAUCAAAUCAUUUUUGAAACUCCAACCAUCUCCAAUCUGUCACCAAAUGUGAUCACUAAAAUAUCUAGCUUGUAUUUGAGUGGAAAUGCCAUUGAAAUUCCAAAAUAUGCUCAGAAUUUCUGUUGUCUUGCUGGCAUGUAUAAAAAUCCUAUCAGCAAUAAAUAACAACUGCAUAUUUAUCAAUAGAUAUUAAAAAAGAUCAAAGGAUAAAGCACUCCUGAAUUUGAAACUGUAUUUGCAGCAACUUGGGCAUUCGGAUCUGCUUUGACCGAAGAGUUGCGUAUGUUACUCAAUAGACAUAUCAAAGAAAUUUGGUAAUAAGAAGAGAAUAAGAGCGUGGAUCCUUUAACAUACGACAAUCUCUUUGAAUACAUCCUUGAGGAUGGCCAACUGGUUCCGAAUGAGAAGGGAACUCAAAUCACUAAGCUAUUAGAAUUUAUUCCUAAUAUAAUAUUAUAUGGUAAUUCUGGAUCUGGAAAGAGUCAUUACUUGCAGAAUCCUUUGAGAGUGAACUUGAAUACUAAAAGUUCUGAUCUCCAAAGCUUUUUAUAAAGUAAAUUAAUUAAGAAAAGGAAUGGAGUUUAUUCAAUAGGCAAGGUGUAUAUCGAUGAUAUCCACCUAUUAAAUGCUAAUUCAAUUGAAUUUCUAAGAGAAUUGACUGAUAAUCAAGGGUACUAGAAUGUAAAAUUAAUUGACUUAUAAUUGAUAUUGACAUCCCAACAUAUUAGUGAUCAUAGGUAUCUCAAAUAUUUUGUCAUAUAUUUUUGUGAAUCCCAUUCCCACUAGACAAUAUUCUCAAUACUAUAAAAAAAUUAGAUUUAAAAUGUUGAAGACUUGAUGUCUAUUUAUUAGAAUGCACAAUAAUUCUUUAUUAAACACUCUAGACGAUUACAAGUGACUUGUUGGGAUAUUUGGAGAUCAAUUUCAAACAAUCGAAAUGACCCCAGUUAAUUUUUGAUGUAGUCUCUUUUUAAUAGGAUAGAUGAUGACGAUUUAAAAAUAACUUGGGUCAGUCAAUAGAAGCUGUUCAAAAGUGAGGAUAAUGAAAAUCAUAACCAAUUAUCUAUGGAUGGAUUAAUUUAAUUUUAAGCCAAUAACGAUAUCCUUAAAUAUUUAAUAAAAUUGAUGAGUAAUUUUCCAUCCAAUAACAAACUCAUCUUGUAUGGUCCCUUGGGAGUUGGCAAGAAGACUAUUUGCAAAUUGGCUUGCAGGAUCACAAAAUUAGAGUAUGUCACUGAUGUGAACAGUGAUCACAGUUAAAAUUCAGUUCUAAUUUUGGAUAAUCCAAAUUUCAAGGAGAUUAGUUAAUUGGUUAAUUAGAGCAUUAAUGUAAUCCUAAUAAUGACCACUGAACAUUUAGAGAAGUGUAUUAGCAAGGGGAAUUUCAUGUAUAAAUUUUAGUUUUUACACUUUGGUGAUUGGCCUGAUGAUGCCUUCUCAAGUAAUGAGAUUGGAAAUAUCAUUUAUAAGUACAUGAAGCAAUAGAAUCAUUACACUAUUUCACCUCAGUCCUUUGUGAAAUACAAUGAAUUAUAAGAGAAAUUGUAUAAAGAGAAGGAUGAGAAGUUGAAGUUGAGAAUUAAUCAACUAUCUAAUGGAUUGUAAUUGUUGUAUUCCGCAUAGUAAUAAAUAAACUUGAUGAAUAACAAAUUGAAUCAAAUCAGACCUAUUUUAGAAUAGGCAGUAAAAGAUGCUUAGGAUUUUGUGAGAGUGCUUUAAGAAGAGUAACAUAAGUCAUAGGUAAUCAGGGAUCAAGUUUUGGAGGAUGAAUAGGUUGCUGAAUAGGAAUAGUAAAAGGCUUCUCAAUUGCAAGAAACAUGCAAACAGAGAGUGUCAAAAGUUAAUGUGGAAUUAGAGUAGACUCUUCAAGAAGUCCAAAAGUUGAAAAAGGAACAUUUGGUGGAAAUCAAGUCUUUAGUGCAACCCACCAGAGCUGUUAAAGUGAUUCUUGGAGGAGCUGUAAUAUUAUUGUCAGAUCAUAUCAAGUAUACUGGAAACCAGGAUGAUUAUUUUGAAAUAGCAAAGAAAUAUCUAUUGAAUGAUGUAAAGGAUUUAUUGGAUAUAUUGAAGAAUUAUAAUAAGGAUGCAAUCAAAUCAAUUAUGAUUCAAUAGUUGGAAUCAAGGAUUAUUAAUGAUGCUGAUUUUACAUUGGAAAGAGCCAAGUAAUGUAGUUUGGCAGUCAAAUACCUAUACAGUUGGGUUAGGGCCAUUUAUGAUUACCACAAGGUUGUCAUGGAGACCUAGCCUAUAAGAGAUGAGUUGGAGGAGAGUUAUCGAAGUCUGAAGGAGAAGACUGUUAAUUUAGAGUAGAAGAAGAAGGAAGUCUAAGAAAUUAAUAUGAAAUUGGAGGAGUGUGAGUUUUAGGUUAAGGAGAAACAAAAUGUCAAGGUGCAAUUGGAGUAGUAAAUAGAGGAAUGUUAAACUAAAAUAAAGAGAUCUUUGAAAUUGAUUGAGGGAUUCAAGGAGGAGUAGAAGAGAUGGACUAAUAUCAUCUAUUAAUUAAAGGGCGAACAGACUCGCAAUGAAGGAGACAGUAUUAUAGCUACAACUUUGAUUACUUAUGGUGGACCAUUGGUGAAAGAACAUAGAAAUUAAAUGUAUAUUUACUUGUAUAAGGUGUUGAGAGAUGCUGAAGUUAAAUAUUCAGAGAAGAGUAAUUUAAAUAGUUAUUUUAAUGAAGAGAGUGAUAAUUUUAUAUCUGAAAAUGCCAACAUUCUUAACUUUUAAUACAAGCCUGUGAUUUUGAUUGAUCCUCAGAAUUUAGGGAAAUAAUAUCUAACAGAGAAAUAUCAUUAUAAAGUAUUGAAUGAUCCCAAGAAAAUCUAGAAUCAUUUACAAUUGAAAUAACCCUUUUAUAUUGACAUCACUGAUAAUAUUGAACUGCUUCAUCACGAUCCAAAGAUGAUUCACUUUACUCAUGAAUAGAAUGCAAAGUUUCAGGAUCAAAUUUACAUCAAUUAUUAGAUCAUCAAUUAUACAAUCACACAAGAAGCUCUAGUUGAGAAAUUGCUUAAAUGUUUGAUUGAAGUUGAAAAUCCAACACUAGAAUUAAAGAAAUAACAUAACCUUGAUCUGUGUAACCAAGAGAAGAAGUAACUCAUAUAAAUUGAAAAUCAGAUAUUGAACACUCUCCAGAAUCAGAAGUCUAUUGAUGAAUUGCUCAAUAAUGAGGUUAUGAUCAACCAAUUGCACAAUUCUAAAUAGUUGUAUGAGGAAACAACAAAAAGAAUCGACAUGGCCAAAAGACUCAAUGAAGAUAUCGAUCUAAGCAGAGAUUAAUAUAGGAUGUUAGCCUAAUAAAUAUCCUUAAUCUUCAUUAAUAUUUCAAAUCUACAAAGAAUGAAUCCAAUAUAUCAAUACAGUUUGGAAUGGUUCCUUAAACAACUUAUGCAACAGAGCAGUAAAAUUUAGAGACAAAAUGAUAUUGCUUUGAAUAUCUAAUUAAUCAAGGCAUAAUUCUACAAAGGAAUUAUCAAUGAAGUUAGUCUAUUGCUUAAUGAAGAGGAUCGACUAAUAUUCUGUUUUUCUAUUUCUCUUGAUAUUUUAAGUACAAAGGGCUUAAUAACUCAAGAAGAAUUAGAUGCCUUUUUGGGAUGCCAGAAUCCAUAAUUGCCUCCACAAUUCAAAAUCGGUUGCAACCCUUGUAUCUUCAUUGAUGAUAGUGAAUGGCCAUCAAUCAAAACCAAAUUAUACCACCUGAAUAAACUCUAGCCAUUCCAUAACAUAUUAGAAACUAUUGAAGACUACCCCAAUUAAUUUAAGUAAGUGUACUUACAUUAAACCUUCUCAACUGAAUAACAAAAACUGACGUCUUUUCAAAAGUUGUUAUUGACUCUUGCCUUCAGACCAGAUAAAGUCAUCCCCAUGAUGAUUAAUAUUAUAGAACAGCAAUUACAGUUGAAGUACAACACCAUCAAGACAAGCAUCAAUGAGAUCCAAUUCGAUUCCAAAACCCCUCUUUUCAUCUUCAAUGAUAGCAAAUCUUAUAGUAAAUUGAGUGUCACUUUAGGGGAAGGACAAUACUCCAAAGCUGAAAAGAUAUUAAGAGAUUCCUUGGAACAUGGUCACACACUGGAAUUCCUGAAUUGCCAAUUCGCCACUCCAUUCCUGAGUGUAGUUGAACAAAUUCUUGAAGAAAAUCAAGCACAUCCCAAUUUUAAAUUGAUAUUGUAAGCCAAAAAUUGUAAAUCAUUUCCUAUUUCGUGGCUCAAUCGAACAGUCAAAGUGGGCUAUACACAGACUAAUAAUAUCGUAUCAUUACUAGCUGAUUAGAUAGAAUCAGAAGAUAAAUUGGAUCAUCCUCAUUUCUUUAGUUUGAAUCUCUUUUAAGCCAUUAACAAUUUAAGACACUCCUAUGGAUACUCCACACACCAAUAUCAUGAAAGUGACUUAAAAUUGGCUUUGUCAGAUCAAUUGCACUUUUCCAAAGAACUCAUCUUCCAAAGCCAAUUAAAUGAGAAUGAAAUGGAUCUAUUUAAUACUCUCUACAAUAAGACUGUCUGUCAGCAAUCCUUGAGAGAAGGUUUCAUUUACAUGGGGGGUGAACUGAAGAUGAUCAAAUCCAACAAGCAAGGCUACUUAUAGUAUCUGAAAGAUUUGGGGUAAGUCAAUGAUUUCAAUUGUAUUGGGUUGAAUUCGAACAUUCAAAUACUAAUUCAGAUCGAUAUGAUGAAGAGAGUGCAGCAGAAUAUUCAAUUGAUGCAAGGGACUGUUCAGAAUAAUCAGAUUCUGUUAGAAUAAUUAGAGAAGUUGGAGAGAUACACUCCUCUUAAGUUGUCUGAUAUCAAAAGUGAAUCGAUUGUUGAUUUGUAUUACUAAGUUGAAAAAGAUUAGUUUAAUUAACUCAUAAGUAGGAUAACGGAGGAUGUCAAGGCAGUGUCUGAAUACAUUAGAGGGGAAUCGUUGACUCCAAGACUUGAGGAGAUUAUAUAAAGGCUGCAAUUAGAUGAGGUACCGGAAGAGUGGUUUAGAUUGGGGGAAGUUAAGAUUAAAUAAUUCAAUCUUUGGCUCAAUAAGAUAUUUGAGAAAGGACAGUUCUUUUCUAAAUGGAAUAGUCAGAAAUAUUACAAUUUGAAUUAUUUUAAGAACCCAAAGCACUUUUUGAAUUUAAUUAAAUUGGAGUUUGCAUUGAAAUUCAAUUGUGGUUUAGAUGAGGUGGUGUUCAAGUAGAUAUUUUUGAAAGAACAUCAUUUGGAAAUACUGUAUAGGCCAGAUGCUGGAGUCUACAUUUAAGGUUUGAAGGUUCAGGGGGCCAAAUACAAUGAUGUGACAUAAAAGAUGAAAGCUUUGGGACAUUUAGAAUUUUAGAGUGACUUACCUGUUUUACAUUUGAUACCAAUUUAGAAGUUAGAUUUAUAAUUGGGAUCAGUGUUUCAUUGUCCGAUUUUAAGGAAUGAGGAGUUAGUUGAAUAUUUAUACUUUGAAACUCAGGAUCCAUUGAUCCUUCUGUCUGUGCAGAUUAAGCUUUUGUGA